UCCUCCCUUUGGUUGAGAAAAAUAUUUAUGGUUGAGGCUUGCAAGCGUUUGCACAUUAUGCUAAUUGCACUGGACCGCUUUACCAUCGUACUCGGAAUGUUUUCCACAUUAGUGUUUCUUACGUUGUUCCUGUUCUUUUGCACCUCGUCCAUAUCGACUCUGUCGACGACGAUAGCGGUGGACGGGGGCGAUGCACCUCUGUUCCCGUCUUCGUCUGAUCCACUGUUAGCCGCUGUGGCAAGCGGUGAUGAUUUCCCACCUCUUAAAAAUGACAACCUGCUCCGUGCAGCUCGUGGAGAACCGGUGGAUCGCGUUCCGGUAUGGGUGAUGCGUCAAGCUGGUCGCUACUUGCCAGAAUUCCAAGAGGUCCGUGCCAAACACGACUUCUUCGAGGUGUGUCGUACUCCCGAGCUAGCUUGUGAGGUCACAAUGCAACCACUGCGACGUUUCGAUCUAGAUGCAUCCAUCAUUUUCUCGGAUAUCCUCGUCAUUCCACAAGCCCUGGGCAUCACCGUGGAGAUGGUCAAGGGAGUUGGUCCGGUCCUGCCAGAACCGUUGGUAACUCCGGCUGAUUUGGAACGACUGAACGCGACUGGUUCGAUUGAAAGGUUGUCGUACGUCGGCGAUGCAAUCACCAUGAUGCGUCAUAAGCUGGAGGGGAAAGUUCCUCUGUACGGAUUCACCGGAGCUCCUUGGACACUGAUGGGCUACAUGAUCGAAGGAGGUGGUAGCAAAACCAUGUCCAAGGCAAAAGCUUGGCUCACGGAUUACCCGGAAGCCAGUCACAAACUGCUCAACCUGCUUACUGAUCAGAUUGUAGAUUAUUUGCUGAUGCAAGUCAAAGCCGGAGCUCAAAUCGUCCAGGUAUUCGAGUCUAGCGCCGAGCACCUGUCCAAAGAACAGUACCUGACAAUUGCUUUGCCAUACCUGAAGCGGAUCCGUGACGAUCUGCAUAAGAAGUUCGCCGACGAAGGAAUCACUCCGGUCCCUAUGACACUUUUCUCCAAGGGUGCCAUGCAUUCCCUGCCGGAGCAGGCAAAAAUCGGCUACGAAGUCAUAGGAUUAGACUGGACCAUCGAUCCGGAGGAGGCUAGGAAGUUGGUGGGACCAAACGUUACACUACAGGGCAAUCUGGAUCCUCAGGAUAUGUACAAGACACCGGAAGAAUUGCGGGAGCUGGUGCUGACUAUGGUGCGCAAGUUUGGAAAGCAUCGCUACAUCGCCAAUUUGGGUCACGGAAUCACGCCUCUGACACCGGUUGAGAGUAUGAGUGUGCUCGUGCAGGCAGUGCACGAUGCACUGUAAGUGCAUAUUUGAUAAGCUCGUUUUUUUUUCGCUUCGAUAAUGUUGAAAAUUGUGAAACGCAAUGCAUUUUUGUACGACGAACAAGACAUACUGAGGAAUACAUUUGGUAAUGGUAGAAACAAGAAGUUGA